UAAAAAUGGAGUUUUUUGAGUAAUUCAAUAAAAAAGAGAUUACAGAAGAGCAAUUUGUUUAAUAAUUGCAAACUCUAACAACAAAAAUAUAAAAAAAAAGCACCUUGACCCCAGAAUAAAUUCUUUAAGUAAAUUAAUAAAUUGAGAAUAUCGAUGAUUCAUGUUUCAAUUAAAAUGUUGAAUUAUUCAUCAAAUUUGCUCUCUAUAUAUCAAAUAGAGGAGUCUAUGAAUUACUAUAUUAAUUAAGUUGGGAUAAAAUCAUAUUUUAAAACGAUAACAAUGAUGCUAAUUUAUUAGGAUUAUAUAUCAUUAAACGUGUAUAUCAUUCAGAGAAUCAUAAAGUCCUUAUUAUCUUUUUAAAUGAGUAAUAUAAAUAUUGAUAAUUAUUAGUAUAUUAAGAUAACAAAAAACAGUUGAAAAGAAAUUCGUGCUUCUAGAAAUAUUUGUAUAAAUACUUCCUAAAAUAGAAAAAAGAGAAAUUCAUUUAGCAAUUAUUUUUCCUGUCAUUCUAAUUGUUAUUAAUGAAGGAUUGUAGAAAUUCUUGAAAUAUAAGUAACAGCAAAUUUAAAAUGAUUUAAAUGAAGAUAAUAAAUUCACUAAAUUGUACAUGCAAAACUUUUAAAAUUGGACUGUCUCCUUUUUUAAAAGAAUUUUUGAUUCAAUCAAAAAAUUUCCUGAAAUUAAGGCAUAAUCUGUAGCAAUACGUGAAUUAUAUGGUAUUGAUACUAAAUAUGAUUACUUUGAUAAUUAAUUAAGUAGAAAACCUGAAGAACCAAAGUUAUUAGUAAAACAUUAUAUUUUGUUAUUCUUAUCAGACUUAAUAUAAGGGAUUUUGGAAGCUGAAUAAUCUAUGAAAGAUUCAGCAUUGGAUUCAGAAGUAAUAUAGACAUUAUUGAAUUAAACAAAUUAAAUAGUUUAUGAGAUUCAUGAUAAUAAAUUGGAAAUAAUAGAAAAUUAUAUAAACUGGAUAAGAUUUAGUAUUUAAUUUGAUUAAGAAUUACCUUAACAAUACUAACAUUAUUCAAAUGAAUAAACAUAUAAUCCAGCAUUUGUUUGUUAUUUGACAAGAGAAUUAUUGAUAAAUAGUAAUUUGGAGUAGAUAUUGACAGUGGAUUAUAAAUUGAAAAUUUUGAUAGGUGUUUUAUAUGAAUAAAAAAAGUUAGCAGCAUUUAAAUGUGAUAUUUAGAGUAAAUUAAUAGAAUUGAUUGUUAAAUAUUUAAAUAUGAGAGAUAUUUCAAUAAAAUUGAAAGCAGCUAAUCAUUUCACAACUUAAUUUGAUUAAAUAAUAAUGUUAAUAAUGGAGAAAGCAGGUUCAGGAUUAUAGGAUGAGAAACCAUAUAUUUCUGCAUGGAAAUAAGCUUAAAAUUCUUUUAUACCAGAGGUUUGGACAAGAAUAUUAGAAUAAUGUAUAAAUAAAUCUUAAAAUUAUGUUUUAUUGUCACAUUUAGUAAAUAAUUUUAGGAGUGCUCAUUCUUAAUUAGAUAAUGAAAUAUUAUUGAAAAGUUACGAUAUUUUGAUUCAAGCAAUAUUUAGGAAAGAAUAAGGUAAUAUUGAUGCAAAAGUAUUAUUAUUUGAUUCUGCAACACUUCUAAUAUAAUAAUUGGUAAUAAUUUGUAUGACAUUAAUAGAAUUUGAAGAAAGCAGAUAUUAAGAAGAUAUUUGAAUAAAAAUGGAAAAAUUAAUUAAAGAAAUACUAAAAAGAUUUAUAGUAAUCAAUAGAUUAUUUGGAGACAAAAAAGAAAGAAGGAGAUGAAUAAAAAUUAAAAGAGGAUUAAGCAUUUUAAGCAAUAUUGGGAUAAGAGUAAAAUUUAAAAAUUGCUUAUUAUAAUUUAAAUAAGGUAUUAGAGCAGUGAUAAAGAU